AGGUUAGUUAGCUUAAUUAUGUAAAGAGUGAAGAGGAAAAAAGAGGUGAGAGUUUUUAGAAAGUGGAAAACAAUUAAGGAAGAAGGGUGUCUCUCACAAAUCAGAACAAUGUUUAUGAAAUGUUUAGGCAGCACAAGUUCUUCAAAGAAACAGUAUCUAACUGUAAUAGAAGAGUUGUGCCAUCAGUUUUCUCUUGCAGAGCUUAGAAAAUCAACCAACAACUUCGAUAGAAAGAGACUAAUUGGACGCGGAGGAUUUGGUGAAGUUUAUAAAGGCUAUCUCCAACAUUCUAACUAUAUAGUUGCAGUGAAGCGGUUUUCUGCGGAACACAGUGAAGUGUUCAAGAAUGAAAUAGAGUUGCUCUGCCAGCUUCGUCACCCUAAUUGUGUGUCUCUCAUAGGAUUCUGCAACCACAAGAAAGAGAAGAUUGUGGUGUACGAGUACAUGUCCAAUGAAUCUCUAGAUCGACACCUACAACGUGGGGAACUGUCAUGGAAGCAAAGGUUGGAGAUUUGCACAGGAGCAGCGCGUGGACUACACUACCUUCAUGCAGGAGCUAAGCGCACCAUCAUUCACCGUAUUGUCAAACCUCGAACCAUCCUUUUGGACGACAACAUGCACCCAAAACUCACAGGUUUCUGCAUCAGCGUAAAGGGGUCACGCUUGAUGUCAAAACCAAAGCCAAUUAAAGUUGAUGUUGUGGCAGGUACUCCUGGAUACAUGGCUAGAGAGCUUUUCACUGACGAUGCCAUCACAGAGAAAUCUGAUGUUUAUUCUUUUGGUAUGGUUCUGCUAGAAGUUGUGUGUGGAAGGAAAUACAUAACAAUGCCAGCUGAAAGAGAAUUUCUGGAGAAGCCUGUUGAGGAAAAAGUUGAUGCGAGCAUCAAGGGAAAGAUUGCACCAAAGUGUUGGGAAGUGUUCAUAGAUAUUACCAAAAGAUGCGUGAUGUAUGAACCAGAUGAGCGACCAACAAUGGGUGAAGUAGAGGUGCAACUAGAGCAUGCUUUGUCGUUGCAGGAACAAGCUGAUAUCACAAAUACUAAUGGUGAUUAUACCUUACUUUCCACCACAGUUAUUCACCCGGGAGCGGAACUGGUAUACAGCACAGAAGACAGUGAUACUGAAGAAAUGUAACGUAUUUGUUGAUAAUUAAACACUCGUAUAUAUAUAGAACAACACAAACAUAUAGACAAGUUAUGUUAUUUAAGGUUUAAAUAUUUGAAGAGUUAGAUGGCUGCUGUGUGACCAUAAAUAUGUACUUGAUAAACCGUUGUGAGAUUUAUCUAAUGUUAGAUGGCUGCUGUAUUGAUUU